UUCUGCUUCCUUGUAGAUCAGAGGCAGAAAGUAAGGAGCAGCAAGCCUGCCGCAGGGAUCUGUUCGAGGUGUGGCGGAGGGGCCACCGUUGCAGAUAUGAAGACUUCCACUAGAUUCUGUCAUGUUCCCUUCCACUGCAGAUACUGGAAAGCUAUCAUCUGUGGUGCCAUUCUGAAAUCUUACAGAUACAUUUAUUUUUCUUAUAACUUCACUCUUUUUUUUCCAAACAUUAAAUAUGGAAGAUAUACAAGAUUAGCUGAUUCUAUGUAUUUCAGAUGUACUGAAAUUCGAAUAGCAAUCCAUCAAGUGAUGUUGAGUAGUGCUUGA